AUUGGCUAUUAUUUUUUAAUACAUAUUAUUUUAAAUAUUCGUGUUGUUAUAGCGAAAUGAUUUUCAGAAACUUUUGAUAAGUAUUUAAUGUGUGUUUGGCAAGAUGGAUGAAACUUUAGAAGGUGCAUUAGACGCAGCUAGAAGAGCAGUAGAUUUUGAUAAGAACGAACAAUACAGACAAGCUGUUUAUUAUUAUGGCAUUGCCAUUCAAUUGUUACAAAACUUAUCAACCGUUCCAGCUUUAGCCGAGAAAUGCGUGGAAUAUCAAGGCAGAAUAGUUGAGAUACAAAAGACAAUUUUAGAGGAGGAAAGAAAAAAAGACGAGCAAGAAACACCUCCUGAAAGUCAGCUCCAGAGAUGUAAAUUUUUACUUAAUCAAGCUCUGGAUGCUGAUGAGGCAGGUUUUAAAGAAGAAGCUAUUAAACUGUACACGAAUGCUGCAGAACUUGGAUUAAAAGCUAAAAUCACAAGUAACAAAAAAACUAAAAUAACAAAUUUGGUUCGUCAUGCUUUGGACAGGGCGGAAUCGUUAAAAGGAAUUAAAAAAAUUGAUAUAGAAAGUAUUUUGCCAAGUUUACCAUCGGUUCCUGAAACUGAUCCAACAGGCACACUGACAUCCCAAACUCCAUCAUCAUUCGACUCAGCAUCGCUAAGGCCCGCAAAAUCUUAUACGCACAGAGGUAAUAGCAUACAUUUGAAAGUAACUGGAGGCAGUGGUAAUUAUACGGAAGAAGAGAAAAGAGUCCUGUUACACAGUUCCCACAUCAAUGACCACGAAUUUGUGCCUUUUAUGAAUGUCGAUUUAUCCGAAAGAUUUCAGUAUGCCAUUCCAUUUACCGAUAAAGAUGGCCUAUUAAAAUUAUCACCAAAACAAAAACCAGAUUUUGCACGAUGGUGUCGCCCGGAAGAACUGUUUUCAGAACCAAAAAUGGUAGUCGGUCACGUAGUAGACUAUUACAGUAUAAAACAAACAGUUGUAUCAGACUGCUCGCUUGUUGCUUCCCUAGCGGUAAGCGCACAGUAUGAAAAAAAAUUUGGUCGUAGGCUUAUCACUUCUAUUAUAUAUCCUAAGAAUAAAAAUAAGGAACCAAUUUAUAAUCCUUUCGGAAAGUACAUGAUAAAACUGCACAUUAACGGUAUUCCAAGGAAGGUUGUAAUAGACGAUCUUUUGCCUGUAAGCCGAUAUAAUAAAUUAUUGUGUUCAUAUUCAAAUAAUCGAGGAGAAUUAUGGAUUUCAUUGAUAGAAAAAGCUUACAUGAAAGUAAUGGGAGGAUAUGAUUUUCCUGGUUCUAAUAGUAAUAUUGAUUUACAUGCACUUACUGGGUGGAUACCAGAGAGGUGGGCCAUAAGACCCAAUGAGCUAGACUUUAAUAAAGAUCAUUUGUUUGAGACUAUACUUUUACGAUUGCAUAAAGGGGAUGCGUUAAUUACUGUAUCCACGGGAGAGCUUUCGGAUGCUGAUGCAGAGCGCACUGGCCUUGUUCCUACGCAUGCUUACGCCGUGUUGGAUGUUAGAAAAAUCGAUGGCGAAAAAUUAUUACAGUUAAAAAAUCCCUGGUCUCAUUUAAGAUGGCGAGGAAAUUAUUCUGAACUUGAUAUGAAACACUGGACACCUGCUUUGAGAGAAGCUUUAAAUUAUGAUCCAGAUUCAGCAUCUCAAUUUGACAAUGGUAUUUUUUGGAUCGAUUUUGAAAGUAUUUGUCACUUCUUUGACGUCUUCUGUUUCAAUUGGAAUCCUGAAUUGUUUAAUUAUACUUAUUGCAUUCACCAGUCGUGGAAAGCAGGAACGGGUCCUGUAAAGGAUGCUUAUAACAUUGGUGACAAUCCACAGUUUUCAUUAGAGGUUCAGCCAGAUGUAACAGGCACAAUUUGGAUAUUAUUGACUAGGCAUAUUACCGAUAUAGCCGACUUCCGUGAAAAUCAGGAAUACAUAACGGUCCUUGUCUAUAAAAAUGAUGGAAAAAGAGUGUAUUAUCGUCAUGAUCCACCACCUUACAUCGAUGGAAUAAGAAUAAAUAGUCCACAUUAUUUAUGUAAAAUUAAACUUGGGCACAAUCAUAAUAAACGCUAUACUCUCGUGAUAUCGCAAUAUGAAAAGAUAAAUACUAUUUAUUACACACUUCGAGCUUAUGGAACUUCUCCAUUUAUAUUACGGAAAAUAGCAGAGCCUUAUAAAUAUGAGAAAGAGAUCACAGAUGGCCAGUGGAAAGGGGCUAGCGCUGGUGGAUGCAGCAACCAUAUUGCAACAUUUAUUAAUAACCCUAGAUACCAACUGAUCAUAGAAGGUUCAAGUAACAAUAAUUGGUUACUCGUAAUAUUGAAGGGUCCUAAGCAAUAUGAAAUUGGCUUCGAAAUUUUAACGGUAGUUUUGAACGAUCCAGAAGCGACCACCGCUUUUAAAAGUAAAAAUUCUGGCCCUUUUCGAUCUGGUUUUGUUUAUUUGGAAAUGGAUGAUGUACCGGCAGGUACCUAUCACGUGAUUCCGUCUACAUUUUUACCAGGACAAGAAGGCCCCUUUUUCUUAACUUUCAAAUCAUCCUGCAAUAUGCAGCUCAGCCGUCUUCAAUAGCCGUUUUUCGCAAAUGCUUAUACUACUAAUAAAUAAGUAAAUGCCUUGACAAAAGAAAAGGGAACACGACAAUGCAGAGCUGCUACUAAUAAUAAGAGUGUAAAUAUGUUCGACGCACACAUUUUCUUCGUAACAAUGUAAACAGAUGUACACAGCUAUUUUCCAACCAAAGCUAAUAUUCGAUAUUGAUAAUAGAAAGUAAAAAAUGGAAAUAAGAAAAUAAGAAAAUAAGAAAAAAA